AUGCGCGCCUUCUCUGAAGCGGGCAGAUUUUGUCUUGGUCGCCUGUGCCCCUGUGUAUACAUUUGUAUUCAUGUAGGAGGGCUGAUCUCCCGGUUGUUAAAAGGAAGACGAGUUCCUGUCCUUUGUAAGUGUGAUAACCAACAUUACACUCUUAGGCCCGGUAAACUGAUUCGAUGUUUUCGGGAUGAACACUACAAUCCAAAUGUUCACCAUGUUUCGAAAAAGGGCAUUAUUGCUUCACCUACUUACAACAUAGAUGAUUUAGACCAGGCUUGGGUGGUCACUGUCAAUGAGGAAAGGGCGCGUCUUCAACAGGAGAAAAUCCAGGAUUGGAUGCUCGAGGAUGUUUUAGAUGCAGCUGAGCAGAUUUGUUUCGUAAAGUCCCGUCUUAAUGCCUUGACGGACCAGGGCUUAAAAAACCUCGAGUAUGAUGAAGACGCCAAAUGUGAUAUUUGCCAAUCAUACAACGGGGAGGACGGAAACGAGUUGGUCUUUUGUGAAAAAUGCAACGUCUGCGUGCAUCAAGCCUGUUAUGGUAUUCCAAAUUUACCUGAUGGACCUUGGCAUUGUCGACUGUGUGAGAUGGGAGCACAUUCAACUGCGAGGUGUGCGCUUUGCCCGAACAAAGGCGGUGCAAUGAAACUCAUAGACGAUUACAGAUCUUGGUGUCAUGUGAGUUGUGCGUUGUGGGUCCCGGAGGUUUCCUUUCAAGACGUCGACUUGAUGGAGCCCAUCACUAACGUUAAUGGCAUACCACAGGCGAGGAAAAACUUGGUUUGUGUGCUCUGCAAAAUUCAUUACGGUGCGCCUAUCCAGUGUUCUGUGAAGAAAUGUAAAGUGGCCUUCCAUGUAACGUGUGCUUUUCAGCAUAACAUGACCAUGAUACAGGAACUUAAUGGAUACGAUGUUCGUCUUUUGGGUCACUGUCCCAAGCACAGUAGUAAGGAGUAUCAGUCCCGAUUGGCACAACUUCGUUCUUUGAGAAAAGCGGGGGUUCAACAGGCUGACAUGGAUCCCAGUCCUAUUCCCAUUACCACUAAUGCCUUCAACCCUUCGCCGUCAAAAAGUGACGCGUCACCGGACAAGUUUGCACCUGUUUUUGACCGCACCAACGACCCCACCGCCAACUUUCAUAUGCAUGUCACUCGUGACGAGGUUGUUGCUCUUCUACGACGAUGGGCGCAGCAGAAGAACUUGAAGCGAUCCAAUAGUGCUGUUUCUUCUGAUCAGAAUCACCAAGUGCCCCUUGAAAUUGUUGAGCAGCUGCUCACGUAUUGGCGUCUCAAGCGACGCGCAAAUUUUAACAAACCCCUCGUUAUAGAGGUUCCUCAACGCUGGUUUACGGAAUCACUGCCCGCUCCCGCCAACUUGCCCAUUAGUUCCGGUGAGGUUGUGGAACGCUGCAAAGGUGUUCGCCUCAGCCUUGAUCGCGCUCGCCUCAUAUGCGAUAUGGUGCUAAGCCGCGAAAAGAAGAAAACCAGUCUGGUCCGCACCAUGAAGAGUAUUUCACAUGUUCAGCUUGACAGCGUGGUUGAGGACCCUGUAGCGGCCUGCGCGGAUGAGGUGAUAGCCAAGGCACAUAUUGGGUCUUCGGUGUAUGAUGCCACGAACUACCCGACGUCGGCUAUUACCGAGAAUAAGAUGGUUGAGGGUACUGAGGCUAAACCAGCAGGUUAUAUAAUGACGGGCAACCCAGUAGUGGAUAGUCUCCCUCCAGACCAGCUUGUUGUCGAUCCUAUUAUAUUAACACGACUGCGGGCGUCAUUUCUAAGGAAGAGGGGGAGACGAAGGCAACGACCUCUAAAUGAGGGGCGAAUGGGAGGAGAGGUGUACCGCCAACCAAAAAUAAGUGAAUUUUUGGUAUCCCCUGUGAAACGGCGCGGAAGGCCACGAAAGGCCCUUACAGCGGUUCAAACAAACAGUGCCGUACAGUCAACAACAAGGAUGCAGGACUCCAACGGCAUCGAGACGGUCUUUGACCUGUCGUAUGAAAGCCUACCUUAG